GUUUUUGAGUUGAGAGAGAACUUCUGCAAGUCUGAUUGCAGAACUGGGAUCCAGGAAACAAGAGUGAUAUAGGGAAGAACACAAAAGGAGGUGAGUGAAACCUCAAAUUAUUGUGUAAGAGUGAGUGCGUCUGUUUUUUCUUUUCAGACUGAGAUUGGGAAACAAGAGAGCUUGGUGAAUAAAUUUGAUUGCGGUAAGGAUGACAGAGUUUGGUAGCUCUGCACAGAUAUGUAUACCUAGAUUUGAUGGUGAUUAUGAUCACUGGAGCUUGUUGAUGGAGAACUUAUUGAGAUCAAAAGAGUACUGGGAUGUGAUAUGUGAUGGCUUCAAAGAACCACCAGUCGGGGUCGAGCUCACUACAGCUCAAGCUAAAGCCUUGGAGAAUCUGCAGCUAAAAGACUUGAAAGCUAAAAACUACCUAUUCUGCAGCAUUGACAAGUCAAUUCUGAAGACCAUCACACGGAAAUCUACAUCAAAGGAAUUGUGGGACUCCAUGAAGAUGAGGUAUCAUGGUAAUGAGAGGGUUAAACGUGCUCGUCUGCAGACUCUCAGGAGAGACUUUGAAAUUCUAGAGAUGGAGACGGGAGAAUCAAUCAACGAGUACUUCGGCAGGGUUAUGGUGGUGGUCAAUAUCAUGAGAAACUAUGGUGAGCAGAUGAAUGAGGUGAAGAUUAUAGAAAAAAUAUUAAGAACUUUAACGGAAAAGUUCAAUUAUGUCGUUUGUUCCAUCGAGGAAUCAAAGGACAUAGAUACUUUGACAGUGGAUGCUUUGCAGAGUUCGUUGCUGGUUCAUGAACAAAAGCUUAGCAAGGGAAGGAUUGAAGAAGAACGUGCCUUGAAAGUGACUUAUGACAGUGAAAAAGAUCGAGGUUCAUACCAUGACAGAAGAAGGGGUUCUGGCAUAUUAUUGAGUAGAGAGUCAGUGAAAUGCUUCAAGUGUCACAUGCUCGGUCAUUUUAGAGAUGAGUGUCCAGAAUGGGAUUCUGAAGCUCAGUACUCUGGCAGAUAUGCUGCUGCUCGGGAAGAUAUGAAAGAAAAAAUGUUGUUAUUCACUUGUGUGAAACCAGUAGAAGAGGAGUUGCCAACAAGACUUGUGACAUCUCAGGAGACACAAACAGUGGAGAAAACAGAAACCCGGUGGUUCCUAGACUCAGGGUGCAGUCAUCAUAUGACAGGUAACAAAAACUGGUUCACUAGUCUUGAUUCCUCUUUCUCUUGUAACGUAAAAUUAGGGAAUGGAACACGAUUGCAAGUGGCUGGAAAAGGGGUUAUAAGGCUUAAAAUUGAACACAAGUCAGUUGUUAUUCAGGAGGCAUUUUAUGUGCCGGGGUUAAAAACGAAUUUGUUGAGUGUUGGCAAGAUGCAAGAAAAGGGUUUGACCUUCCUCAUCAAGGGUGGGGUUUGUAAGGUUUUUCAUGACGAGAAAGGCCUUUUGUGGGAGACAAAGAUGAGGAAUGAGAUGUUUAUAUUCAACUCUGAGUUGGUUGUAUCACAAACAACCAAUGAUAUGCAUUGUUUGUGCUUGCAAGUUCAAGUUCAUGAAGAUGACUUGAAUGAUUUUGAGGUGAAUGAAUGGCCUACUGAUCAAAAAGUGCAGGAGACAGCUUCAGCUGCCAAAAGCACGACACUUUCAGCACGGAUAGUAGUAGGUGAGAAGCAUAAGAGUCUACCUGAUGUCUUCGAACCUGGAACUGGAAAGGUUGUUAGUAGUAAUGGUGAUGAAAAUUUAGAUGCUGGCACUGUUACUUCAGAUCCAGAAGCCAAGGAACUGGCUAAGACAUUUGAUGUGAAUUCUAUACGUGAAGGGUACUCAGUUGUUGAGGCUGUUCAUAUUGAAACUGAUUUGCCCGUGUCUGGUGUAGUUGCGGUAGGAGAGGUGGGCGAAAGUAUGAUCUCUGGAAUUAAAGCAGCAGUAGAUGAGGUGGUUGUGGUCGAAGAAAUUGUGCAUCAGGAUAAAGAUCUUGAGAAGAUUGUUGACAACGAGGACUUGAUUCAGGUGGUUAAUCACAUGGGGAUUAGUGUUGAAACUGAUGCUCCUGAAAUGAAGCAAAUUGGAGGAGAGAUGGAUUUUUCUGGUUUAGACAACGAUGAUGUACUGGAGGCUGCAGUGUUAAAUGGUAACCAAGAGAUUAGUACAAGAGAAGCUAAUGAUGAAGAGAAGCUAAGAGUAGUUAUGGAAGAUGGAGUUAAUGGAGGAACUGAUCAAACUAAGGGAGCUACUGCAGGUCACACUCCUGAUUUGAAAGAGGAUCACUCACUUGACAGUGCAGUAUAUGAAAAUUGUGAAUCUGAAACCACUGUAAACCAUACUCCUCAAGCUGAUGAACAUUUGGAAUAUGGUCGAGUCUAUGACCACAGAGACAGUAACGAAUCAGAUGUUAUAUCUGACAAAUCUGGUCUAGUCAAUUACUUAAUGAUAACCAGUUUGAUGAGUUUUGCAGCUGGCUUUGGAAGCUUUGCAGCUUCUAGUGGUGUUACAGGUUCAAGAGCAUUGGAUACUUGGUACCAACAAUUCGUUGUAGAAUCAUUUAUGUGGUACUUAAAGAACAUUCUUGGUUGUGGAAUCAUUUACAGCAAGGAAGCUUGGGAAAUAUGUUUGAAUGGCUAUACUAAUAGCCAGUAUGGUGAUGACGUGGUUAAUAUGAGAAGCACGCACAUUAGAGUGAGGUUCCACUUCUUGAGUGUUCUAGCUAAAGAAGGAAUUCUGAAGUUGGAUAACUAUGACUAUGAGACAAAUGAAGAAAUUGAUAGUAUCGUGAUAGUGAUUCUGGAGUUCUUUUUGGGAAAUCUUCAUGUUGUUGCCGUAGAAAGAAGAUUAAAGCUGCUGCUAGUGUUAAUGUAUUUGCUACUGCAAAGUUCAAAAUUUGCAGAUUGGAGAUUAGUCGGCAUUGAAGAUUCUUUCAGUUGUUUUCAGUUUAGGGGAGGCUAUGUUAGAAUAAGAACCAUAUGUUGUUUGUCACGUGAGUGUUUGGUUGAGUCAUUUAGUUAGAUUCGUCGUCGUUUGGGGGUUAGCAUAGAUAAGUUACAGCAAGCAAUCGUGUAAGCUUGCUGAGUCAAAUUCUGUUAGGAGUUAAGUUAGUAAGUGGCGUUUCUUUAGGGGUAGUGGGCGGUAGAUAUGGGACUCUGUUUUCCAGCAAGUAGUCGAUUAGGGUCUGAUGUAUUUAAAACCUUUUGUCUACAUUCAAUAAGAUUGGUCAGUUUGUCUUCAACGAGAGCCUUCAAGAAGACCAUGGGUGCUUACAACAAGAAACAGAUACUGCUUAAUUAUUUUCUUCUUCAGUUAGUCCCGGUAUAGCUUCCUGUUUAUAUUUCAGAUUUCGUUCUUCCAAUUUCUUUCCUGAAUUCGAUUGGUAACGAAUAAUAGGCUGGAGGUCAUGGUGAUGAUGACUCUGACAAGUCCAAAUCUGAAGUAAAUGAUAAUGAAGAUGACAGCGAAGAGGUUAGGCUGAGGACGACUUUGAGGAAGGAGCGGCGGCAAAGACGAUCGCGUCAUGGCCACGGUGGCGUAGAUGGUGGAGGUAAGUUUUAAUUUUUUAUUUUUUAAUAGUUGUAAAAUGAGGUGGAAAUUGUAAAUAUUUAAAUUUUAUUAUUUUAUUAUUUUUUUAAUGGCCACGUCACUCAUAACGGUCAACUAUAAUAGUUGACUGCCACAUCAGCAAAAACUAACGGAGACUAACGGAGAGUGACCAAACUUGAACUAUUGAACUAAUCUUAAUGACCAUGAAUAGAAUUAAAUAUUUGUAGUGACCAAACAUGAACGGUUUUAGUAAACCCAGUGACCAUCCUUGCAAUUAACCCUAAUUUAAAACCCUAAAUUUAAAACCCUAAAUCUAUCUACCCCAAUCUAACCCCUCACCUCCCUUACACAGCCACCCCCAAACCUUCCCCUUCAUCCAGCCGCCGACCCCUCUUUUUCCGGCCAGCCAUGGAAACCGCCGCCCCUACCAACUUCCAGCAGACGCUGCCGACCCUGCCAACUUCCAGCAGUCGCCGCAGAUCUCCCAUCCUCGAACUCCCUCUCGCCGCUGUUCCAGUCGUCGCCGCCCCCAGGUAAUAUUUUUUUUUCUUCGUUUGCUUGCCACCGUCUGCCUGGCCUGAGCGGACGCGGUCCGAAGGCGGACCGCGUUCGCUGGGCCUGGUCGGACCGGUCUGAUUGGGUUUGACUGGUUUGGUUUAAUUAAAUAUUUAUUUUAAAUUCAAUUGUUAAUAUCUUAAUUAGUUUAAUAUUGAUAGUUGAAUAAUUAGUAAAUAAUUGUUGGUUGUAUAAUUAGUAUAUAAUUGUCAGUUGAAUAAUUAGUAUAUAAUUGUUAGUUGAAUAAUAAUUAUAUAAUGUGUUAUUUUAUUAAUUUUGUAAGAUGAAAUAAUUAUUUAAAUAACUAUCUAUUGUAUUUAGUAAAGUAACUAUCUAGUUAAAUUAAUUAGAUAACAAGUUGUAUGUAUCAUAAUUAGUCAUUGAUAAAUUAUGACUAUGAACAAAUUGCUCAUCAAAUAAUUUAUUAUAAGAGAUUAAUAGAUAAUUAUUAACUAUGCUAAUAGAUAAUUUGUUAUAGU